AUGAACUUACUGUCCUCAUCAAAUCCUCCAUCUUUACCUUCAGCUCCUCCACCCCAGCCGACGUCUCCUCAGUCUUCGACAGAAUCACUGCCUCCUAAAGCAACAUCAAUUCGCAAACAGAAAUCUUCAUCAAAGAGUCCAGAAUCACCAAUGACUAUCACUAUGGCCUUCAACAGUGGUAAAUCACGACCUCUCGAUCUUUCCGCAACCGAUCGAAGUUCUGUAGAGAUUUCUACCCCUCUGGAAUGUCCUAAACUCAUUAAAAUGGAAGAUUCUGAUGAGAGAACUUCUGGAAAUGAAGAUAAAUCUAGUGAGAAUGAAAAGCACUCGCAUUUAAAAGCUGAGAUCGAGGACAAUAAAUCUACAGUUAAACAAUCAUCCGAGUCUUCCGAUCAGACUCAAUCCAAAUCAGAUGAACUCUCGUCUCAAGUUAAAGUCCUGACAGAAUUCUUUAAAACUCUUUCCUCGACCUCAACUCCUAUUGAUGCAACUGUAGCCUCCUUGCAAGCCCUGAUUGCUAAGAAGAGUGAAAAGGAAGAUGCUAAUUCCCUUGAAGCCCUACAUCAACUUGGAUGGCAGUUGAUUAAUCUUGGCAGGGGAAACCCUAAUGCCCCUAAUCCUCCGCCUAUUCCUACAUCGACAAGUGUACCAUUAUGGAUACCCGGAAAUCGACCUCCUGUACCCUCAUCACAAUCAAUCCAAACCCCUUCAACUCCAAGUCAGCAGUCCCUACCUCAUCCACAUCCUCCAAUGUCCGGCAUUUCCAUGCGAGGCAAUCAGAAAUACAGCGCCUUUUACCAACACAAUCGUAAGCAUCAGUCUACAGAGGAGUCUGAAUCAUUUCGACAAUCGACUGCCCCAAGUGUUCCACAAUUCCAUCGUGUUGGAUUCCCCUCUAGACGUAUUAGUGGACCUGGUCUUCCAAACCAGACUCGAUGUCACUUUCCCAAUUCUUCCGAAUCCACCCUGAAACCAACUGGAAUGGGUCCACGAAUGCAGAAUGAAUUGAUAUCUCCCCCAAGAAGUCGUGAAACGGCCUUCUUAUGCAGUUGCGGAGAAGAUUUUGAGAGUCUUUAUGUCUUCACGCUUCAUAUGAGAGACACUGGACAUAAACCUCGGAGUAGUCAGCCAGAACGUGAUAUCCCCAAGUUGGUGCGAGGUCAGGAUAUGUGGAUAAAUAGUGAGACUGAGCAGACGCGCGAAAUUUUGAGAUGUAUGCGGUGCAAUCAAUCAUUUCGAAGUUUACCUGAGCUUACCAUGCAUAUGAUGAAAACGAGUCACUACUCUGAGAUUGUCUACAGUGAUGCCGGGCGAAAUUUACUUGCAAGUCAGACAUUCUCUUCGUCUGAUAGGAAUCGAAGUGGGGGUAGUUCUACUAAUAGUUCCUCAUGGGGAGGAGGGUUGAAAUCUAAUUCUGCUUCCAUGGCAAUGAAAAGACCGAUUCGUGGGAGUGGAGCAGCCCCUCCUCAAAAUGGACUGAGUGUACCUCCUGAAGCCCUCAAAACAAAUUCUGAAUCGGAGAAGAAAGUAAAUGGUCAUCCUGAGAACCUCCAGCGAUCAGCAAUUAAAUCUCCAAGAUUGGAAGAGCCUCCAAAAUGUGAACGACCUGCCAGUUCCCAUGAAAUGCACUUGGUGAAACCUUCUCCUAAGCCUGCGGUCUCUCCAGAAGCACUUUCCUGUCCUUCAGAACUUCAAAGGAGUGGUACAUCUUCACCAAGAAACGAGAACGAUAAGCCAGAACAAAAGUACCUGAAUUCACCUACUUCUAGUCGCGAGAAUAAUAGUCCGAGGGCUUCAGGAGACGAACAGCCUAGACGUGGAUGUACAGAUAGUGUGAUUCGACAAAUUGAGAGUUUUGUGGAGAAUAGUCUUCCCUUCUCAAGUGCUUCUAGUCCAGUAUCAUCGAGAAACUCAAACUGGCCUCCUCAGAGACAACAACAAUCUCAGAAUGUCGCGAAGCCGACGAUGGCUUCUUCCACUGCAUUUGGUCGGUGUAAUCUCUCUCCGAUGGCUGAAACUGAGACUUCUAGAUCCACACCCGAUAAGAAUGUUUCGAGAAAACGCAGAUUCUCUAGUGGAUCUUCGAAUUCUGCCGCUCCUGCUAGAAACUCUUCCACUGAAGCUCCUGCUGAUAAGCGUCCCCUUCUGGGAUUUUCUGCUGAAGCUGGUGAGAAUCCCCUGUCCUCUCUUCAGAAGCUGGUUGAAACUACUCACCAGUCGGGAGCUGGAAUGAAAAGUCCAAUGCGUCCAUUCAGCCAAGCUAGUGAAAUUUCACCCUCACCUUCAAACCACUCAAAUGAUAUAGAAGCUUCAGGAAAUAUUAACGCUAAUAUCAGCAAGACUUGUCCUACCACUUUGGAAACUGGAAAUCAUCAACCAAAUAUUGCAGCUGCCUUGUCAGCAUUGCAGAAUAUCAUGUCGAAGGUUUCUCCCUGUGCCUCUAAUCAGCAACAAACUCCACCGAAUUUUGACUUUCUUCUUCCUACUUCUGUUAAUAGCGAAGGCGAAAAUGCUAAUUUGAUGGGCCUACUUAGUGCAGUUUUAAAUGCAGCUAAACAAUCUGAGUCUGAUCAGAAGAGACCCGAAGGUAAUAUGAACAUUGGAAAUCUUCCAUCUCCUUCCAAAAUUUUUGAGCAAUCGGUGUUUACAGGCGGGGGAUUUGAUUUUGCGAAGUCUACACCACUCUCAGUUCAUAUGAACCCACCCACCAUGACUACAUCUGGGCCUAGUAUGGUUGCAAAUAUAACCAAGAAGGCGAAAUGUCACUUCUGUGGUAAACCGUUUGCAAACAAGGGACAAGUUCGUCUUCAUAUCAGUAAGAAUAAGUGCCCCUGUUUACUUCAACAAUCCGCUAUGGCUAAACCGCCUAGUUCGUCAGGAAAUAUGACUGAUAAGAGGCGACUACCUUUCCCAUAUCCUGGAUUUUCUCACGGAGCUCCAGAUUUGAGUCGAUUCUUUUCGCCUCCACCACCUCAACACCAUCAGCAGUCAAACCCUCAGACUUCCCAGCCAUGUGCUACUCAAGCUUCAUCCUCUUCACAGGGUUCACAACAGAAACCCCUGGAUUCGAAGCCUCCAGCAGAAGCUGCUGCCUUGGCUGCUUUGUUGCGUCAUUUUAAUGCACCUCCAACUUCUGCUCGUGCAAGUAGUUUCAAACCUGCUGAUUUACUGGCUUCAUUAUCACGACCCUCAGAUUCUAAUUCAUCGUCCCUGAAUGCCCUCUUUUCCAUUCUUUUCUCUGGAAAUGCAGCUCCGCCUCCUCCCCCUCCUCCACCUCAACCGAUCGAUACGUCUGGAAUGUCUCCUGAACAGAAAGCUCUGAUGCUCUUUGCUCAGGCUGUUGUCUCCCUAGCUGUUGCCACUCCAACUAAGGCAGGUGAUGAGAUUAGUCAAUCACAAGUGACACAGCCACCUCCGACUAUCCCUGCAUAUCCGCCUCCUUUAAUAAACCUUCUUCAUAACUUCAAUAUCACUCCUCCAACUCCUAUCCCAACUCAAGAUUCCCCUGGCUUGGACAAUCCAGAUGGGCUCAUUAACUACCUCUCUGCUCUCAGGCAGAUUGUUUCCAUAGGGAACCCUGGAACGACCUCGAGUCCUGCUACUGUAUCUACCCCUAAUACAUCAGCUCCUACGACCACUUUAGCUAUCAAGAUUUUGUCAGCCACUGGAGAUAACACAGCUGUCGCUUCCAAGGAAUCAGAAUAA